UAUGUAUCUCUAAUAAAUUCUAGUUCAUUGUUGAAGAUGGAAAAUAAGGUUUCCUAAGAUUUAGCACAAAUAAAUACAUAUUGCUUUAAAUUUGUAGGAAAAUCAUAUAAAAUAUAAAACAAAAAGUGAGUGUUUAAUGGAGAAGUCAUAAAGGAACAGCGAAAGUCGGUAUAAAUUAUUUUUAAAUCGAAUUAAAAUUCAGCGCCUCAACGUGUGAGUCUCUAUCCAGCCAAGGGUGUAAUGGUCAUGGGUGAGAACAUAAUGGACGAAUUAGCAUCACUGAUACGCACGGAAAUUCCCGAUGGACGUCAAAGUCUACGCGAUAGUUACACUAAUCUGGAACGGGUGGCGGACUACUGCGAGGAUACAUAUUACAGAGCUGACAAUAAGAAGGCUGCAUUAGAGGCGACCAAAAACUAUACAACCCAAUCAUUGGCCAGUGUUGCCUAUCAGAUAAAUACCCUGGCGUAUAGCUAUAUGCAGUUGCUGGAACUGCAAGCACAACAAUUAAGCGAAAUGGAAUCGCAAAUGAAUCAUAUCGCACAAACGGUGCAAAUACACAAGGAAAAGGUUGCCAGAAGAGAAAUUGGGGUACUUACUGCUAAUAAAGUUAGUACUCGUCAAUUUAAAAUCGUAGCCCCCAUAAAUCCUGAAAAGCCAAUUAAGUACGUGCGCAAAGGUAUUGACUACUCCAUACUUGACGACAUUGGUCAUAGUGUAAAUACCAAUCAAACAAAUCGGAAUCAAAAACAUCGUGGUUCUUCACAUGGCUCCGUACAAUCUUUGGCUCAACCCACUGUGGGCCCGCCUCCGACCACAAAACCACCAACUCCUCCACAAAUGUCACGCGGAAAUACCGGUACAUUGGGUAAAUCGUCGGUUAGCAAUACGGGUACAUUGGGAAAAAGUUCGCGGGAAUAUCGUACGCCGCCUGUUGUGAAUCCGCCACAAGUACCAUCUCACUAUGCUCCCAACUAUCCUAUAGGACAUCCCAAGCGUUUGUCUACAGCCUCGUCGAGUACCACAGCAACAGGUGUAAGCAGUACCGGUAUUGGUGGCGGUGGUUCGGUAACCAACAAUGAACGUGCUGCCGGUUACAGUGCUCUUCCCAUGCCACCCAGUCAACAAAUUGCUACCCAUGUUAAUUUACCAUCAGCUGGUAUGAUGCAAUCGUUGCCUCCACCUCCACCAACAACAUACGAUGAUCGUAACAGUAUGCCACCACCACCAUCUCCCCUGACGGUUUCGCAACAUGAGAUAACUGAACAAAGUCAUAUUGGUAUGCAUACCUUGGGUCGCAAUCAUAAUAGAAACGGCAACAACAGGAACCAUUUCAGCUUGAAUUUUGCUAGGCCUGGUUCGCAGUCGCCACCAUUGCCACCGCCACCACCACCUGAGGAGGAGCAUCAAGACUUUGGUCGGCCACGUACAUCAGCGGGUCAGGGCCAACUGGCUCCCAUUGUGCCAGAAGAUCAAAAUCUACCCGGAUGGGUUCCAAAGAAUUACAUUGAAAAAGUGGUUGCAAUCUAUGAUUAUUAUGCCGAUAAAGAUGAUGAACUUAGCUUCCAGGAGAGUUCAGUAUUAUAUGUUCUGAAGAAGAACGAUGACGGCUGGUGGGAAGGGGUUAUGGACGGUGUUACCGGUUUAUUUCCAGGCAAUUAUGUAGAACCAUGUGUUUAAAGAGGUACACACAUAUAAAUGGCCAAUUUAGUUUUUUAUACAAAAUAUUAAGAGAAAUUUACAAGAUAACAGUAACACAAAUCAACAGCCUUUCAAGAAUUCCAUAUAAUAAUAAAUUACCACAACAUGCCCACACAAAAAACCACAAAUAAUUUAGAUACAUUUAUUAUUAAUGGUAAUAGUAUUGUUAACAUAAUAACACAACAACAUACAUACAAGUAAUCAAGUCUGCCUCGAAAACAGUUGAACAAAUUGAAGUCGAAUGCUAAACAACAAAUAUCAAAUUCGUGUUUAGCGUACAUAAUAAUAUUUAUAAACAUGAUGACAAACACUAGUUGUGUUUAAUCAGGAAAAAAUAAAUAAAACAAUUUUUUACAAUAACAAAUACAUUUUCUACGUAAAGAGAAAAACAUACUCGAAAAUAUUUAGAAAAAUGUUUAUUCAUUUUUUUCUUGAAUAUAUAAAAGUGCAUACACCUACACAUACAGUAUGUUGUAAAAAAUUGAAAACAAAGACGACGAUGACAACAACCUAAUUCCUACUCUCUCCCAUAGCUAAUUACACUAUUAAGCCCAUUAUAAUAUACUAAAUACAAUAAAUUAUAUUGUCAUACAAAACGAA